GUCACUUUUCUCGUUCUUGUUCUUCUUCGCUAUCCUUUCUUUCUUGGUCCAUGGCAGAACAAUCGGUUCAGAUCGUUCUGACAUUUCUCCAGAAUUCUCCGACGCCUUCCUCUGUCGCGGAUCGCAUCCCCAUAAUGGUGAAUAAUUAACAAGCAUGCUGAAGCAAAUAAUGGUUUUCAUCCCCAUAUACAUAGUCGCUUUUGUCUUAUUCUUUCUUUCUUUCUUUCUUUUUUUUUUUAACUUUCUGGUACUCCGAUCGACUCGAUGAAUCUUGUUUAAGGGUUUUUUUUUUUUUUUUGGUAUCUGCUAUUUUCUUUGACGUUUCUCAUAUCAUUCCCUCUGAAUGUUUUGGGAUUCUGCUUAUGAAUUAUGUGCAUGCACUGUCCGAAUCGACCUUGAAGGAGCAUAUUAUUUUAUUAUUCGCAAAUGCACUUGAAUCCAAUGAUUUUAAUUUUAAUUGCACAUAUGAACUUGGGACUCGGCGAUCGAUGAGAAGUACACUAAUUUCUCGGGGUGAAUGCAUGUACUGGAAAGAUGGGCAAGGCUUUCAUUGAAAAAGCUGAAACCGCUGGACUGCAUGUAGUUCCUGUAUCAUUUGGCAGUGAAGAGAAGUCUGGGAAGUCCUAUCAGGUCUGCGGGAAGGAGUUUCUGGUGCAAGGUCCUUCUUCUGAUAGGGAAAACAUUCUUAGAGCCAUCCAUAACAAAUAUCCAGAAUUCAUUGUCGUGGAUUUCACAGUGGCUUCCGCUGUCAAUGAUAAUGCGGAGUUAUACUGUAAGGUUGGGGUGCCCUUCGUGAUGGGGACCAAUGGUGGAGACAGAGACCUUUUAUUUAGAACUGCCCACGUCUCAAAUGUCUAUGCACUAAUAUCCCCACAAAUGGGAAAACAGAUUGCUGCGUUUCAUGGAGCUAUGGAAGUAUUAGCAGAUCUUUUUCGUGGAGCCUUCAAGGACUAUUCUUUAUCUGUUUUGGUUUCCCACCAAGGAAGCGAAGCUAGUGCAUCAGUGAACGCUAUAGUUCCUUGCUUCACUAGAAUGGGAGUUGAUUUUAAUGAUGAUCAGGCGGAAUGGGGGAGUCACGAUGAACAGAAGGACAUUUUGGGAGUGCCAGAGCAGCACUUGCAUGAUCAUUCAAGUCACUUGUUCCAUUGGUUUUCACCAGAUGAAACAGAAGAAUUCCAGCUUCAGCUUGACACGUACGGUAGAUCCAUGUAUACAGAGGGUACAGUUGCUGCUGUACAUUUUCUUGCUAGGAAGAUUAAAUCGAAGCAUGACGAGAAAGUAUACAACUUCUUUGAUGUGAUGCUAGAGAGAGAAGGGUGUGAUGAACUCUGAAGGAGCAAUUUUCUUCCUCUUCAGCUCACACUUUUUUUGGUUACACAGUGAGUUUGAGGAGUGUAUACUGUGUAGUGUAAUAAACUGGCCAUGUAUGUAUAGACCAAGGAAGGGUUUGCAAGAAUGGGACCAUUGGAUGUUCUUACAGUAACAUAAAGCAAUUUCAACUUGUACAUGUAAUUCAACUUCCAAUACUUCAACUUGUACACUUUUUUCUUUUUUCUUUUUUUUUUUUACUUCCGAAAACCACUUAUACAAUUC